AUGGUUGACGGGAAAGUGUGCAAUGCAGCCACCGAUACUGCUUCCACCAUGAGAUGCUUCAUUUGUGGACAAACUUCGAAAGAUUUUAAUAAAUUAAUCCAACCAAAAGAAAUUAAUGUAGAAUCACUGAAGUUUGGACUCUCAAUUCUUCAUGCUAGAAUUCGAUUUUUCGAAUCGCUUCUUCAUGUUGCUUAUAAAUUGCCACUGAAAAAGUGGCAAGCACGAUCUCCCGAAGACAAAAAAGUUGUCAAGGAAACAAAAGAAAAAAUACAAAGAAACUUCAAAGAUGAAAUGGGACUUUUGGUAGAUAUUCCCAAAGCGGGAUUUGGGAAUACCAAUGACGGAAACACUUCAAGACGAUUUUUUUGCCAACCCGGAAUGUUCUUCUCGGAUAACUGGAAUCAAUUUAGAUUUGAUAGUUAA